ACAGUCUCACUCGUUCCAUCCCCGUUCUCAAGCGAGCGCCACCUUCUCUCACUCUUUCGUUCUGUUCCUCACCCGAGGCCACCAUCACUCCAUCCCUCAACAUGCGUUCCUUUACCAACAUCGCUGCCAUCGCAGCCUUCGCAGCCCUCCCUCUCGUCUCAGCUCACGGCUACAUCGAGUCCGUCGCCGUCAACGGAAAGUCCUACGUCGGAACCUCUCCUGAAUGGUUCUACCAGCAGAGCAAACCGGACCGAGCUGGCUGGUACGCCAAGAACCAGGACAAUGGAUUCGUCUCGCCCAGCGCGUACACCAAUGCAGACAUCGUCUGUCACAAGAGCGCGACCGUUGGUGGAACUCCCGUUCCUGUCAGUGCUGGUGGGAAGAUGGAUAUCAAAUGGAACACCUGGCCAGACAGUCAUCACGGUCCCGUCAUCACCUACAUGGCUGCCGUUGGCGGCGACUUUCCCUCAGUCGACAAGACCAAAUUGCAGUGGUUCAAAGUCAAGGAAGGCGGCCUCGUCAGCGGCUCCAACCCUGGCACUUGGGUCACUGACCAGCUCCUCGCCAACAACUUGGUCGACUCAGUCACGGUUCCAUCGACCCUCAAAGCGGGCAACUACGUCGUCCGCCACGAGAUCAUCGCUCUUCACUCUGCUGGCCAGCAAGACGGUGCUCAGAACUAUCCUCAAUGCUUCAACGUCAAAGUCUCCGGCUCCGGCACCGUGGACCCCUGCAAUGGUGGCGGCGCGUCAUGCGCAGUCGGCACAGCGCUGUACAAAGCCAACGACCCGAGCAUCCUCAUCAAUAUCUACCAGACACUCUCGAGCUACAAGAUCCCGGGUCCGGCUCUCUACAAGGCUGCAGGCGGCAAGACCAAUACCCGUCAAAUCGUUAGCGGUGGUGAUGGUGGGAAUGGCACGGCGCCUGGUGGUGGCGACGGGUCUGUACCGCCUUUCCCUCCGAUGAUGCCUAGCAGCACCGAUGCUGGUGAGGUCCCGUUGCCGACUGUCGCUCCGACCAUGCCAGGUGGUACCGACGUUCCUGUUCCGACUAUGCCAGGCGGUACUGAUGUCCCUGCUCCGACCAUGCCAGGCGGCGUUCUUCCCACCGGAGGACCAUUACCCGGCUUUCCUCCCACCAUGCCCACUGGCGGUCCAUUUCCCUUCCCACCUCCAGGCACAGGCGGCGCACCCAUUCCAACCGGCGCUCCUUUCCCUGGACUCCCGAUUUGGACGUGGAAGCCGAAACAUGUCGCUGUUCCGUUCACGGCCUAGAUGGCUGUGAGAGCCGACGAGGAGAGAGGUGCAGGAAGUGGAGAGUGCGUGGAAUGUUGCUGGCCGACAUGGGUGAAUAACAGGACUGUGUCUGUCGUUACAAUGGUAUCGUAGAGUAUCACACAAAACGCAAGGAGUAUCAGGAACUG